UUCGAUAACGAGACAUCGACGCCGAGACGACAUAUUUCUUUUUGUGAAAUUUUGCGAAACUAGUCACAUUCCCGUUCCCCGUGAAACUCCACCGAAAUGUUCAUCCCCAAGGCAAAUCGUAUCGCCAUCUACGAGUACAUCUGCAAGGAGGGCGUCAUGGUGGCCGAGAAUGAUUACAAAAUCCAGCACGACGCGUUGAAAUUGAUCCCCAACUUGCAGGUCAUCAAGACCAUGCAGUCGCUGGCUUCGCGCGGCAUCGUCAAGGAGCAGUACAACUGGCGUCACUACUACUGGUAUGUGACCAACGAGGGCAUCGACUACUUGCGCAAGUACCUCCACUUGCCCCCAGAGGUUGUGCCCUCUACCUUUAUGCGACCCGCUCGCGAUCCUCACACUCGCCCGCGCCCACGUCCAGCUGAUGCCAAGCCACGUGACGCCGACGAGGACCGUGCUGCCUACCGCCAUGGCCCGCCCAGCGGCAACGAAACGGACAAGAAGGGAGACAUCGGAGCCGGCACUGGCCAGUUCCAGUUCCGUGGCGGAUUCGGACGCGGCAAGCCCGUCUAAACUUGAAUUUUUUUGUAUGUACAAAUAAAAUGCACCAAACUUUUGUGAAAUUCCCAAA